AUGGCGAAGAGUACACCCAAGGACACAUUGAGCGCCAAGGCCCCCAGAAUCAAGAAGACCCCGGUCGUCAAGACCCCUCAUAAGAAGGGCAUUGCUACGAAGAACCUGCUUACGCAAAGCAAUUUUGAUUUCUUGUAUGCUUGCGUGGAACUCAUGGGCUCUGUCAACUACAAAGCUGUCGGCGAGAAACUCGGCAUUUCGUACAAAGCCGCACAGGGUCGCUGGUAUAAUUUGAAAGCCGGCAUGGAUCGCGAGGCCGCUCUCCUGGAAAGCCCCGGUGAUCAGCGCCUCGAUGAGCAGAAGAACGAGCAGAAGCAGAAGGACGAGCAGAAGCAGGAGGAAGAGGCAGAGGCCAUGGAAGAGACCAGCGAUGAUGUUUGA